AUGUCCCUGGCAAGUGAUCUGCCAUUUCUAGGCCCACGUUCUGGUCCUUCAAGCAUGGAGCUUAAGCAACUAUCUCGACGACCAAAGCACCAUGUCUCACCAACGCUCGGAGAGCUUCUGCAAUUCGUCGGAGACGCCAAUUCUUCUCCCAACGCCGGCCAUGGUGUUUCUGAUCCACUUCACGCAUCACCUUUUGUUCUUUCUUUCAAUAGUCUCACAUAUAGUGUUAAAGUCUCUCGAAAGACGGCCGUUCCUAAUUCACUAGAAGGUGGUAAGGUGGAGAUGUCGAACACUAAGGUUUUGUUGGAUGAUAUCUCCGGCGAGGCGAGGGAAGGCGAGAUCAUGGCGGUGCUUGGUGCCAGUGGGUCGGGAAAGUCGACGUUAAUCGACGCACUUGCAAACCGGAUUGCGAGAGGGAGCUUGAAAGGUACUGUGACGUUGAACGGUGACAUUCUUGAGUCAAAGUUGCUCAAAGUUAUAUCCGCCUACGUCAUGCAAGAUGAUUUGUUGUUUCCCAUGCUAACCAUCGAAGAAACGCUGAUGUUCUCGGCUGAGUUCCGGCUUCCUCGGACACUGUCAAAGUCGAAAAAGAAAGCAAGAGUUCAAGCACUGAUCGAUCAGUUAGGUCUCAGAAAUGCUGCUAAAACAAUCAUCGGAGAUGAAGGUCAUAGAGGGGUUUCCGGUGGUGAACGCCGCCGUGUUUCUAUCGGAACCGACAUCAUCCAUGACCCCAUCGUGCUGUUUCUUGACGAACCUACAUCUGGGCUCGACUCCACUAGUGCUUACAUGGUGGUAAAAGUCUUGCAACGUAUUGCUCAAAGCGGAAGCAUAGUGAUCAUGUCGAUACACCAACCUAGUUACAGACUCAUGAGUUUGCUCGAUAAAUUGAUCUUUCUUUCAAGGGGACAAAUGGUUUUCAGUGAUAUCCCAUCAAAACUACCUGAUUUCUUCGCAGAAUUCGGAAACCCAAUCCCAGAAAACGAUGAUCGAACUGAAUUCACCCUCGACUUCAUCCGAGAGCUCGAGAUGUCCGAUUUAGGAACCAAACGGCUAGUUGAGUUCAACAAGUCAUGGGCUGCAAGAAACAAAAAUCAUGACACCAGAUCAGUCCCAGAAGCCAAACUGUCACUAAAAGAUGCCAUAAGUGCAAGCAUUUCAAGAGGCAAGUUAGUCUCGGGCGCUACGAACAUUGAUUCGAAUCUAUCCUCGUCAGUUCCAACAUUUGCAAACUCUUUUUGGGUCGAGGUUCUUGUGAUAGCAAAACGUUCGAUGCUCAAUUCAUGGCGAUCACCUGAACUUUACGCGAUCCGUCUAGGCGCUAUCAUUGUUACCGGAACUAUUCUAGCAACCAUGUUUCGGAAACUGGACAAUUCGCCACGUGGAAUCCAAGAACGAAUAGGGUUUUUCGCUUUUGCCAUGUCCACAAUGUUCUACACUUGUGCAGAAGCCAUUCCUGUGUUCCUUCAAGAACGAUACAUAUUCAUGAGAGAAACUGCGUACAACGCUUACAGACGUUCAUCCUACGUUGUAUCUCACUCGAUCAUGGCCAUCCCUUCGUUAAUCUUCCUCUCAUUCGUAUUUGCAUGCAUAACCUUUUGGGCUGUAGGGUUAGCCGGUGGGACCAUGGGGUUUUUCACUUUCCUCCUCUUCAUAUUUGCCUCAUUUUGGGUCGGAAGCUCUUUCGUCACCUUCCUCUCCGGCGUUGUGACUCACGUGAUGCUUGGAUACACCGUUGUGGUUGCAGUUCUGGCGUAUUUCCUUCUCUUCAGUGGUUUCUUCAUCAGUCGUGAUCGAAUCCCGGCGUAUUGGUUAUGGUUCCAUUAUCUUUCACUGGUUAAGUACCCUUAUCAGGGUGUUUUGCAGAACGAGUUUGAUGAUCCUACGGAAUGCUUCGUGAGGGGAACUCAAAUCUUUGAUAAUUCGCCAUUAGGUGCGAUUCCAGACGCCAUGAAACUGAAGCUUUUGAAGAGCAUGAGCCAGGCACUUGGUGUGCCGCUUACGAGCUCGACUUGCUUGACAACUGGUGCAGAUAUAUUGAAGCGACAAGGGGUUACUGAUAUUAGCAAAUGGGGUUGCUUUUGGAUCACCAUAACAUUGGGUUUCUUGUUUAGAAUCUUGUUUUAUUUUGCUUUGUUGGUGGGAAGUAAGAACAAAAGGAGGUAA